AUGGAGGGCCCGUUACGGUUCCAGUGCCCCCCCGAGUUCGAGGCUGCCCCCCCCCCGGGCCCUUCCUUGGUUGGUGCCGCCCCCGAGCUGUGGCUGAUCCGGGCCCCCCCCGACUUCAACCCCGAGAGCCUGGAGGGCUGCUCCGUGCCCCUGGACCACUCGGUGCAGUUCCAGCCGCUGCCGCACGGGGGCGCAGCUGAGCCCAGCGGCUCCCAUUGCCUCUAUGGGGCGCGGGGGGCGCCGGGGGGGGCCGGGGGGCUCCUCCUCUUGACCCCCACGGCCCCAAGCGGAGCCUUGGGCUGUGCCCCCCCCCUGCAAGGGGUCCUCUCCAUCACCCAAAGCUUCGGGGCCCCCCCCGAGCCCCCCCCAGGGAGGAGGAAGAGGAAGAAGAGGAAGAAGGAGGUGAUGGAGGAGCCCCCCGAGGGGGGCAGGAGGGGGAAGCACAAGGAGGAGGCAAUGGGGUGACCCCCACGGCCCCAUUACCCCAUAGCCCCCCAUUAAACACCAUUAAACCA